GAAGACUGUUGGAGCUACCAAGUGACACAGACUUCAAGAGAAGCCAACCGGGCUUGCUGUAGACAUCAUCAUGGGUAACUGCAUUCACGCGUGGAUCCUCGUGCGGGAAGCAAACACCUACGGUCGUUCAGCGAAUCGGUGGGCUGAAAUUCAGAAGUCGACGGUGUGAUUUUGAGCACAACCGUCGUAAAACACAGACUGCGGGACGCUGCAAACGGCCGUAAAACGCAGCUCGGUUGCUCAGCUGCCGAUCCCAGGUUGUAAGGAACCGCCCCGAUAGGUCGGUUGGGAACGUCAAGCAGUCGCUAAGCAAUUUGUCGAUUUAGCCAACAGCACCAUGUACGAUUACACAACCAGCUCUGAAUUCUGGGAGCUGGACAACUUCACCCAGAACGAAACGGUGGCAGACGACGGGUAUCAAGACUUCGCGGAACCGUGCCACUACACCUUUUGCUCCAGUUUUACCGCCGGGAUUCCGGUUUUCCUAGGGAUCGCCUGCCUCCUGGGAAUCGUAGGCAACGUGGCGCUCGGCAUUGCCUUGACCAAAUGCCCUCGGUUUUGGGAUCGGUGCCAGCCAGGCAAGGUGGAGCUUAUCCUGCUCGUCGUCGGAGGGGUCACCUUCGCUUCCACGUUGCCCUUUUUCGCCCUGGGCAUCGGCUGGAGGUGGGCCUUUGAAGACCGCCUCUGCCAAGUGAUCCGCGGACUCAAAUUCGGGAGCCUCUUCGCUCAGGGCUUGCUGGCGGCUGGCACCGCCUGCCGAAGCCCCUGGGGUCUCCCUCAGCCGCUUCUGCCCACCCUGCUGUGGAUGAUGGGCUUCCUCUGCGCCACCCCGGCCGUGUUGGUGAGCAGCACCGAUGGGCUUUGCGUCCCAGAUCGUCUCACCGAGCUUCACGCCUGGUCCCUGGUCCACGCGGCCUUCUGCUUGGUCUUUCUGUCCCUUCUCCCGCUCAUCGUGGUCUCAGCCACGGCGUGUCUCAAGGGGUGUGGAAAGAGGGGGCACCCCCGUUGGAACAUCAGCUGGGUAUUUUAUCUCUUUUGGGGUCCCUACGGGGUCGCCGUGUUUCUGGACAUGCUUCAGGAGGAAACGACGUUUUCCCAAAGUUGCCGUUUUCUCGAACACCUCAACUCUUUCCUGGGCCUGUCCGAAGGAUGGGGGAUGCUCCACUGUUACCUGAGCCCCUUCUUCAUUUUGGGGUUGGGCUUUUAUCGCCGAAAGACGGCCUAGACGAUAAAGAGCCGAGAGAACAUUCCUACAGAUAGUACUCGACUUAGGACCCACCAUUUGAAGCCACAAUUUCUCUUGCUAAGCCAGGCGGUCGUGAAAAAUGAACCGUGCCCGAUUUUUACAACUUUUUGGCUGAGGUUGUGAAGCGAUUCGCGGUGCAGUCGUUCAGCGAAUCACACACAGCGGUCAUUAAACGAAUCCAGCUUCCCCACAGACUUCGCUUAACCGGUGUCAGCUGGGGAAAGGUCUCAGACGGCAAUCCGGGGACACGCCCCUCCUCCCCUCCCAGUCCGAAUUUUGAUCAAAGGAUGCAACGGUCAUAAACGCGAGCCACUUUUUCCAGCGCCGUCGUCACUUCAAACGGCCGCUAGAUGAACGGUCGUAAGUCGAGGGCUACCUGGCCCUUGAGCAAUCUGCGCAACAGUCUCCUUUACUUCCCACGACAAAGCCACCGCGGUCAUUUCCGGUGCGUUGGCAACUGAACUUUAGCUAUUUGAACAAAUCAAUAAAAGUAUAUGUGUGUGGUGUUUUUUUGGGUUGUUUUUUUUUUAUUGCAAAUAAAGAUGUUUGA